UAAAGAGAGCACUGGAAAGUUUAUUCUACAAGAUGCAGGCACACAGCUUCACAGUAAAACAAAAUUAAUGAUAAAGAAACCCUUUCAGCUCACCGUUCAUGGAGGAACUUCAGAGAAAAUUAAGCCAACGACAUGAAGAGAGGCCUCGUAAAGUGAGGUUUAAAAUAUCGUCAGCGUACAGCGGAAGGGUUUUGAAGCAGGUGUUUGAAGAUGGCCAUGAACUGGAGUCUCCGGAUGAAGAAUAUCCACAUAGCUUUGUACAUGAAAGUUUUGAACACUCUGAGCAAUAUUACAGCUCAGGAGAGGUCCAUCCACGGUUCUAUCCAACUACCCAUCUGACAGCCAAAAGAAUAAGUGUUUUCAGAGACGGUACUACUUAUAGAUUAUCAGGUGACUCAAUCUUGUCGGAUGGCCAUGGAAUUAACCAGACUAGUGAUGUGAUAGACUUCAGCACGAUCAUAAUCUAUACCAAUAAUUUAAAGAUUAUACGUACUCCAGUGGACAAAAGGGGUUCCCCUGAAAGCCAGAACCGCCUCUACAAAGGCAGGAGACAAAUGAAUGAAGAGGAACCACCCUCUACAUUAACAGAAGGACACAAACACCCCGAAGAGCAAAAUAUACAGGAAGAUGACGAGAGCUGUCAGUGUCCCCAGUGCAGAGGAUCUGGCUGCACUCCGUGUUCUUUGUGCCAUGGGAGCAAGUUUUCCAUGUUGGCAAACCGCUUUAAAGAGUCUUAUAAGUCCUUGCGAUGCCCUGCUUGUGAUGAGAAAGGACGCCAGCCAUGCCAGAUAUGCUGUCACUAACACUCUAAAACAUUCCUUUGUUUCCUAUCUAUACAUUUAUACUCAAGAUGAUAAUGUUUAAAUACAACCUCUAGGUUCUAUAUGAGUGCAAUACAGAGAUACCAUACAAAUACAGAUAGACACUAUGGAACACGGCAUUUAAGGUCAAACAGAAUUCAAGAGCAGAAAGAUGGUGCCUUGGUUGAUCAGUAAAUGCAGUUAAUGAUAAGAGUUAAAGGAGAACUAAACCCCCUAAAAGAGAAAGCCCCAUCUACUACCCUACCCAUUGUCCCCAAUCCUGCUUCCUCCCUGCAUAGUCCAUUACUGCAAAAAGUGUCCCUGAAUGUCACACUCCUAAUUCGGCAUCUUUCUUCGGAAAGGGGAUGCUGACACUGAGCUAUUUGGCCCAUGUGCAGUUGGAGCAGUCUAGUAUUUAGAGGAUCCGAUGAUGCGGAAGAUGAUGUCCAUGAGCUUCGCUGUGCUACUUUGGAUGGGACACAUUUUGCAGUUAUGGACUAUGGGCCUUUUCUCUUUAGGGGGGUUUGUUCUCCUUUAAGAAUUUCAGUACUACUGGUAGGUUUGCCACCUCACCCCUUGAAUACCGGCCACAUACUGAAACCACAUCCUGCAUAACUAAUUAGUAGAUGCAAGCUGCAUGGCUGCACAUAAAUCAGUUUGGUCUGCAGCAUGCAUCUAAAUGAAUCGCUUAUUAGCCAUGCAGGAUGUGAAUUCAUUAUGUGACCGGUAUUAAAGGAGUUUGGAGGCAACCCUAACUACUGGUUGGAGAUCAAUGCAAUGAAAAGCUCACCAUAUUGCACCAAAACUGUUAUUUAAAUAAGUACAAACACCCAACACACCAACGUGGAUACAAAAGUAAGGUCCAUUUGGUAAACUUGCACAAGUUGAGAUGGAAAUGGAUGGAAAUUUCCACGAUUUGAGUUUAAAUGGCGUAGUAUUGUGUGAUUCACUUGGCACAAUAAGUAGCUAUUGGCAUUACUACAUAUUAUGAAUGAUGUUGAUGCACGUGCAAUUUUGCGUCCAUUUUAUCAAGCCACACUUGCAGUUGUGUUUGUCAACGAACCCUUGUAUGUUGUGCAUGAAACAUAUUUGUACAAAAAUUAUUACUGCAGAAUAGCUAUGAAAUAAAAGCAUAGAACAGACUCUUACCUAGGUAGAAUUAGCUGGCCAUGUAGUGUAGGCAGAUCAUAUGCAGAGAAGGAUAGUCUGUGAGCAGUAAUAUGUGCCCACAUUAUUUACUGCCUAUUUAAGGGAAUAUCAAUAAUGGGAAGAGUGGUUUGCCUCAAACAGCAAAUAAUUUAACUCUCUUGGUGUGCAUACUGCAGUACUUCUUCCCAAGCAAUGCACAUGCCAAUACAAGAGCUUAGCAUUGGCACUGCGGAAUCAUUUUAUUGCUAGUGUGACAAGUGUCACUUGAUAAAGGCUUUAUCGCUUUUAAAACACGUCGUGUGAGCAAUAAAGUAACUCAGCAGUUCAGCUCUGCUUUUGCAUUGUGCUCCGUUCUUUAUCUCUAGUAUUUAAGGAAGUAAAAAUGCAAGAUAAACCCUACUUAUAUCAGUCAGCUAAUUAGACAAACAGUGGAAAGCAACUCGUUGUUACCCUAAACAGCUGCCUAAUGUGUCAUUACUCACUUCUCUUUUUCCCUGGACAUGUGUAAAUUUGAUUGGUUACUGAUAUAAAGUGGUACCAAACGAA